GCGCCACCGGCCUCUUCCUCCUCUCUUCUCCGAAUCCCCACGCAGGCAAGGGCGGCGAGGAGGGCAUACGAGGCAGCAAGACCGAGCCGCGCCGGGGUCUCGGGACGGGAGAGGCCGAGGAGACCCCUAAAUCGCAGAUCCUACCCCCUCCUUCCCGCCCGCCGUGCCCAAUCAGCGCGCCGUUCUUGCCGCCGCCUCCGCUUCCUCCGAGGUGAGGGACAUUCGAAUAAACAAGAAGCUGCAGGAUGGUGCUCUGGGUCUUCGGCUACGGGUCCCUGAUCUGGAACCCCGGCUUCGACUUCGACGACAAGAUUCUUGGCUUCAUCAAGGGCUACAAGCGCACCUUUAACCUUGCAUGCAUUGACCAUAGAGGCACACCGGAGCACCCGGCGAGGACCUGCACGCUUGAAACCGACGAGGAGGCUAUAUGCUGGGGAAUCGCAUAUUGCGUCAAGGGUGGUAUAGACAAAGAGCAGAAAGCAAUGCAGUACUUGGAGAGAAGAGAGUGUGAGUAUGACCAGAAGAUAUCUGUUGACUUCUUCAAGGAAGGAGAUUCUCUGAAGCCAGCUGUGACGAACGUACUAGUUUUUGUAUCCACACCUGAUCCAAUCGGCAACAAGUACUAUCUUGGUCCUGCACCUUUGGAGGAUAUGGCAAGGCAAAUUGCUACAGCCAAUGGCCCCAAUGGCUAUAACAGGGAUUAUCUGUUCUCAAUGGAGAAGGCAUUGGCUAGCAUAAGCCAUGAAGACGAUGCGAUCAUUGAGCUUGCGAAUGAGGUGAGGAAGGUGCUCAACAGAACAAAGGAGGCGAAGAUAACAGGCUCGGACCUAUCCCUGAAAUCUCAUGUUCCGCUGGUGCACCUGUCUGCGCUUCCUGAAGGCACUGUUGUGGACUCGAGAUAGCAAGAGCCUUGAGCCCCAGCUGGAUCAGCGAAGGAGAUGGCAUGUCGUCUGACCAUACUCGCUCUUUGAUGUUGUUCCACCAGACUCCGAAUUUGCUUUCAGCUCUUGCAUGUUUGUUGCCAUCGUGUACUGAAUUUUCCUUUGCCACGGUUGUGGUGAGGCUGUACCUUUCAGAAUGAAAAUGCUAAAGCCGGCAUUAGUGACAUUUGUUUUAAUCCAGAGGCCAAAAUUUAAUGGUUUCUAUA